AUGGCUUUAAGAAAAAGAUUGGGACAGCGACAAUUACUGUCCGCCUCGCAGUGUUCAUCUUGGAGACAAAUGCGUGGGAUUACCUAUCGCAUUCCGCAGCAGUUUGCCGAGGAUAUGGCGAGCACGUCGUUGGUGCUGGUCAGGGAGGCGCGACGUUUUGUCCAGGAGUGCUUUUCUCGCGUGGGAAUGUCCAUGGAGAAGCAGCGUUGCAUCACCGAUUUGCUGCUGGCGGCCGAUUACAGAGGAGUCCACGGAUCGGGCAUUAAUCGCUUGGAUAUGUACCUGAGUGAUAUACAGAAUGGUUAUGUGGACAUCAAGGCGGAGCCUAAACUCAUACACAACACAUUGACCACAGCGCAUGUGGAUGGCAAUCGAGCCAUGGGCGUCUUUGUGGCCAACUAUUGCAUGGAUCUGGCUGUGGAGAAGGCACGCCAGACGGGCAUUGGUUUCGUGGUGGCCAAGCAAUCGCAUCACAUUGGCAUGGCAGCGUGGUAUGCAUUCCGUGCCGUAGCCAAGGGCUUUAUCGGUUUGGUGAUGUCGAAUGCGGCGCCAAUGAUGAUGCAACCGGGUUGUCGAUCGUCGAGCCUUGGUGCCAAUUGCUUGGCCUUUGGUGCCACCGGCAACUGGUCGCACCUUAUGAUGGACAUGAGCACCACUGUGCGGGACAUUGGUGCCAUCGAGUGGGCAUUCAUGAACCAGGAGCAAAUACCUAGGGGCUGGGCAUCGGAUGUCAAUGGCAUGCCCACGACCUUUCCCAAUCUGGCUUUGUCCGCCCAGCAACUCUAUCCGAUUGGUGGCAACAAGGGUUUCAGCUUGGCGGCAAUGAUUGAUGUGUUGUGUGGCGUCAUGUCGGGUGCCGACUAUGCCACGCGCAUUCCACGCUGGUGUGCACCUUGCCAGGGACGGAGUCCGAAUCUGGGACUCGUUAUGCUCGUCCUUGAUCCGUGCUUCUUUGUGCCCAAUUUUAAGGAACGUCUCGAUGACUUUAAUCGACGUAUUCGCAACAGCAGUCCAAGGGAUGAGGCGAAUCCUGUUAAGGUGCCUGGCGAUUUGGAGAAGCAGCACAUGGACUACGUGGAUGAUCUUGGUGCGCUGCCCUAUCCGAAUCUUCUGCUGGCCAAGUGCAAGCUCAUCGCCAAUAUGCUCUGUGUGAAGCCCAUGCAGCUCGCCUUCACUUCCUGCGAACGACACAGUUCUUGUCUCCACUAGAUGACGGCACUUUUUAUUUUGCAAAGAUGUCGCUCCACUGAAUUUGCCGCAAAUUAAAUAUAUGUCCU